AUGUUUGUUUCAGGAGCUCCUGGUUUGCCAAACAACCCUAGCUUCAGUCCUGCGGUUCCACCACGAUUUGCACCGUCUGCACAGGCUUGUAUGAACAUACCAUGCAUUUGUCCAUAUAUGGGAGUGAGUUUAUUGCUAGCUUCCGUGUGGAACUAUGCAGUUUUGCAGCUGAAGAGAAGUGGCGAAUACGACAGAAUUAGCGUCAUGCACCGACAGGUCGGAUCCUCGUCGGGUGCGCACUCUGGUCCAGGUUUCUUGCCGUGGCAUCGAGAGUACAUGAAGAGAAUCGAGAUUGCAUUACGGAUGAUUGAUCCAGGCAUAUCAUUACCCUAUUGGGACUCCGUGAUGGACUCCUAUCUACCAGACCCUCGUGAUUCUAUCAUGUUCUCGGAACUCUUCAUGGGAGAAACCGACCAAGCUGGCCAAUUGGUUUAUGGCCCAUUCGCCGGUUUCAGAACUCUUGAGGGGCGACCUCAUAUCGUCAGACGACUUGCAACGGAAGGCAAACUUCUCACAGAAGCAAAUAUCAAUAAUCUAUUGAGCCAAACCGAAACUCAGAAUGUGCUAGCCUACACAGCACCUCAGAACGGCUGUCCAUUCCGCCCAAACUUCGGAGCAUUGGAAUACACACACUCUUCUGUACAUUUAUGGAUCGGAGGUGACAUGAAGCCUCCAAGCACCUCGGCAAACGAUCCAAUCUUCUUCCUACACCAUUGCUUCGUUGACUUCAUUUGGGAGAUGUGGAGGCAAACUAGGCAGAAUCGAUAUUCACGAGAAACGGCGUACCCGCCAGACAUUGGAGCAUGUGCCAACUCACAACACUUCAGUUACGCGCAGAUGAGACCCUGGGAUAAGCAGAAUCAAGAUGGGUUAUCGAACGAAUACACGGAUAACCUUUACCGAUACGCUCCUAGGGCAACCUGCUCCGUUCAGAAUACAAAUUGUGGGUCUCCGUACCUCUUCUGUGACACUAGAGGCAGCCCACAUUGCGUGUCCAAGAUAAAACCGAAUGGUCUUUGCCGCGGCUUCGAGGACUUUGAUGCGUGUUGGCAAGGAACGUGCGUAGCCAGCUGGUGCCGUCCGGGGCAGCCAAUAAGAGGGAGGCCUAAUGCGUUCACGAGUACCAACUGCUACAAUGACGACCCUUGUUGCGAGGCUUGGGCACGAGACGGCGAAUGCGCCGUGAACCCGAUCUACAUGAACCGCUACUGCAGGAGGAGUUGCAGGCUCUGCAAUAACCCAACGGACGGCAGAACGGGUGAGUCCAUGUGUCGUUCAAAUCUGAUCUGUGGCUGUAACUUCACUCGUAUUCCAAUCCUUCUUUCGUUGUACCGAUAA